UUGGGUGCGCCAAUAUCGGUCGAAAUAGUCGAGAGAAAAACAACGAUUUUUCCAAACAAAAGAUUUUUUGAAAAGUUUUUAUCCAAUUUGUUGUGAUCCAUAUCGCAUAAUCAUCCAUUCACAAUUCAUCAUGAGUGGCGGCAUAUAUGGUGGUGAUGAAAUGGGCGCAUUGGUAUUCGAUGUUGGUCAUCAUUCAUUUCGCGCCGGUUUCGCCGGUGAAGAUUGUCCAAAAACCGAUGUUCCAUCAUUAAUCGGUUACAUUGAUGAUCCAUCCGAGUCCAAUAAUAAAAUGGAUAUCGAUUCUCAGUAUGAUGCCAAUGCUAAUAACAUCAAUUCAUCACAACGUCGAUACAUUUUCGAUACUCCGGGUAUUAAAAGUCCCAGAUCUCAUAUGGAAUUGACAACGUUCUUAAAGGAUGGAAUGAUUGACAAUUGGGAUCUAUUCGAAAAAAUGUUGGAUCAUAUCUACCAAAAACACUUGAAUCUCGAUGCAUCUUUGCAUCCUGUAUUAUUUUCCGAGGCAUCGUGGAAUGCUCGUAGUAAACGUGAAAAAUUGUGCGAAUUAAUGUUUGAAAAAUACAAUAUACCCGCAUUUUUCCUGGUUAAAAAUGCCGUGUUAGCAGCAUUUGCCAAUGGACGAGCAACCGGUGUUGUACUUGAUUCUGGACAAAAUCAAACAUCGGCCGUUCCUGUGCAUGAUGGCUACGUUAUUCAACAGGCCAUCAUACAAUCACCCUUGGCUGGAGAUUUCGUCACCAACCAAUGUCAACAAUAUUUUAAUGACAAAAACAUUGAAAUCGUUCCCUAUUGCAUGAUUGCAUCCAAAGAAAUUGUUAAGGAAGGCGAACCAGCACGUUGGACAAAACGAGCAAACAUUGCCGAUAAUUUGACAAAAUCCUGGCGUAACUAUAUGAUCAAAGAAACGAUUCAUGAUUUCAAAGCAUCAGCAUUACAAGUGGCUGAUUCGGCUUACACGAAAGAUGUUGCCGAGACAAUGCCCUCCAUACAUUAUGAAUUUCCGAAUGGCUACAAUAUGGAUUUGACGGCGGAUCGUUUUUUGAUUCCCGAAGCAUUGUUCGAUACAACGCAGAUCAAAGGCAUCACAUCCACGGUGAUGGGAAUGUCACAGAUUGUCACUGCAAGUAUCGGAUUAUGUGAUCUUGAAGUACGUUCAUCUUUACAUGGUUCAGUCAUUGUUACUGGCGGUAAUACUUUGAUCAGUGGUUUUACUGAUCGAUUAAAUCGGGAUCUAACGACUAAAACUCCUGCGAGUAUGCGAUAUAAAUUGAUUAUUCCAAGUUCAACAUCUGAACGUCGUUAUGCUUCUUGGAUUGGUGGAUCGAUAUUGGCUUCGCUGAAUUCAUUCCAACAAAUGUGGGUUUCCAAACAAGAAUACGAAGAAGAAGGAAAAGGACAAGUCGAGCGUAAAUGUCCCUGAAUGUGGAAAUUGACUCCAAAAACCUAUGAAGAAUUUUACAAACGCAACAUAUUCAUAUUUGACCAUCAUUUAUUUGUCGUACAAAAUUUAUCCAUUUCAAUAAUUAUUGAAUCUAACAAUUAUUUCAUUGAUCAAAUAAAUUUUUCAUUAAUAAACCCAUUUAUGAUUUA